UAUCUCACCUUUGCCCCAUGGAGACCAUUCAAAGGCGAUGGAAUGUGCCUAAGAAUAGACGUUUUUCGCCGCUACAACGAAUCAAACCACGUUUCAAUCUUAAGGGAAGCAACAGGCAGCAAUGUUACAUACGAUCACACAAGUGUGCGUGGAGGAAAUUUAACUGAAGCACCUCUGAUUUAUGGAAAUGUGUCAUGGUGUCCCGAUGAUACUGGGUUAACGCUUCUUCCUAAGUUACAAGUGGAUCUCGGUAUGCCUUUCAACAUUUCUAAAGUUGAAGUGCAAGGGGCCAAGGAUGCAAAAGAAUGGCCUUACAAGUUUUGCCUUAGUUACAGUCUUAAUCAGGGUCAAUUUACUGAAGCAAGAACCCAGGAAUCAUCGUGCUUGGUAAGACAUCUAUUUUUUCUUUUGUAGAGAUCGUACCUCAUCUCAUUACAGCUGCAGGAGCCGAGCAGAUGUAACCUCAAGAGAAUUUGAAGUGAAAUAUCAGUUACCGGCGAAAGACCUUGUUUGACAACGUUUUCAAAUACCGAGGAGAAAUGAAAAUACGACGCGCGGCGGAUUAUUUUUGGCGAACGUCGAAGUGUUGGAAAUGUGGUUUAACUCUGUCUUCAUAUCUUGAUAUACCGUUACAUUCGAAACAAAAACUAAGGAGCAAACGGAGAAAUACAAUCGUAAAAUGUCAAUCCUAUUUAAGGUCAGAUAUCCAAACACUGUCACGGUCAUGCGGAAAUGUUUCUUUCUGAGCCGUGAAAAGGAGUAAAACAGUCAAAAGCACGAAGACAGCCGAUAGCUUCACGAAAACGUUUCCAAAAUGUGCGCGCACUUUAAUGGGAGGAAUGGAACUGAAACUGCUUCGUGACGACAUUGUUGUCUUGACUGAUUGCUUCGUUUCUACGUCAGUGAGUCUUCCGUGGGGGAGGUUUUGAAUCUAAAUACAAACCUUAUUUUAUUUGGGAAAUGACCGUGAAGUUCGCCCGCUGUUCGGCGGGCAUUAUUCGCUUGUUUUUCGUUGUUUUUGUCCAAUUGCCAGCUUGCAACGUUCCAUAGUGAAGUUAAAACUCGUCGGUACCGCGUCUUCGUUGACUUCAAAUUGAUGAAGCUUGAAAGAGGGUCCCAGCAAACACCUUACUACAAGAUUUUGUUCGAAGCUGUCUUCGGUAGAGUGUUUUACACAAACGCGCGAAUGCUUCAAGGGCAUAUGAAGCAUUCUCUUUUAUCUUUCCAAAAAAAUUUUAACGGUUAUACUUUUGAAAAUGCA